UUCAUAAUGACUUGGAGACACCGCUCACGCCAAUUACACCGAAGCGAUGGCUCCGCACGAUCUCCGCCGUCCGUUUAAGCGUCCGGCCAUCUCCGACCAGCAGCGCCGCCGCGAGUUGGCGCUCCUCCGCCAGGCCCAGCAGCGCUCCGAUUCCCACAACCGCGCCCGCCAGCUCGCCUCCUCCCUCCUCUCCCUCCCCGCCGCCGACCAACCCCCUUCUUCUCCCGAACCGAUCCUCGAAGACCAGCCCAUCCAAAUUGAACCUGCCUCACCGGAGCCCGAACCGGAGCCGCCGGAGGCGGCUCCGACGAGGGACUUGAACGUGGUCCAGGCAUCCAAACUUAGGGGAUUGGAGGCCCGCCGGUGGUUUGCUCGCCAGCUUAUGCUUCCCGAGUGGAUGAUCGACGUUCCCCCUUACCUCGAUCGCGACUGGUAUGUAUUUGCAAGGCCUGCUGGUAUGCGGUGUUUUGUGGUUUCUUCUAAUGGUACAACAGUGAGCAGGCUCCGGAAUGGUUCUGUUCUGCAUCAAUUUCCAUCUUUGUUGCCUAGUGGUGCUAGGAGAAAAGACUUGUCAGGUCCUGCACAUUCAUAUUGUAUCCUAGAUUGCAUAUUUCAUGAGGUGGGUGAUGAAUUGCAGCCUGAUCAAACAUACUAUGUGAUUGACAUGGUUUGUUGGCGAGGAUACUCAUUGUAUGAUUGCACUGCGGAGUUCAGGUUUUUCUGGUUGAAUUCUAAGCUUGCGGAAACUGGAGCUUGCGGUCCUCCAGCAGCAUAUCAUAAGUACAGAUUUAGUGUAAUCCCAAUUUAUGAUUGUGAUCAGAUGGGUCUACAGGCAGCAUAUGCAGGCGUUGUGCCUCAUGUCAAAGAUGGGCUCCUAUUUUACAACAAACAUGCUCAUUAUCAAACCGGCAAUACACCUUUGGCACUAGUUUGGAAGGAUGAAUUCUCUAGCCAGUAUUUUCUUGAUACAGACGGUACAGGACAAGUUCCAGCUCAGCAGCAGGUUGUCUUGGAGCUACAAGAUGAUGGAAAAUUAACUACAUCUGAUGACCCUCCUGUUGUGUUUGGUUGCAUGGAUGGAGAGUUUCUUCAGAAGUCAAAUUUACGGCCAGGAAAUCUUCUCCGGUUUGCUAUUGGAGAUGAAAGUGCGAGACUACAUGAUGGGAGGCUAGAGAUACUUGAUUUGCAAUUUGUAGCGAAGGUUAAUCCUCGGUCACGAGCUUUUGCAGAUAGCUACUCUAAGGUUUUCUUCCAGUAUGCAGCCCGACACUCGCCUCUUCGAAUCGAGGAUCUGAUUGCAUCCAUCCAGCCGAAUCUUGGCGACAACAGCAAAACUACAGAUGUUGACAUGGAUGACUAAGAAGCUGAAAACCAAUGAAUUUUAUGAUAACAGCUUUUUGAAGACAGGUGGUAGCUUCGUAUCAUUCUUGGUCGUUGUCUCCAGACUCUGGCAGUUCCAUUAAAUGACAAGUUUAACCAGCAUUCAGUGAAACUAUUUUAAGAGUCUUGUGGGUACCAAUCAUAUGAUGGUAGAUACACACACACACACACACAUACAUACAUCAUUCAAUGUGAGAUCUCCUCAAGAUCUACUUGUGGCAAAUGUUUCUCCUUGGAAUUGGUUGACUGCAACUUGUAU